AUAGUUUGGAAAAGGAGGGAGGAGAGAGUGUGACGGAGGGGGAGGGUGAAGGAGAAGGAGACAUUUUCUGUGCAUAUUGGGAACUGUGAACUGUCUUUCAGAGAAUUCUUGUUUGACUGUUUUGGAUUUAAGCAAAUCGGAUGGAGCUGCCACCUCGACCCAAACUUUUUGACUUCCAUGGAGUAUCCAUGACCAACUAUUUCACUGACAACUGGGAAAAUGUGCAGAACUUCAAAGCCAGACCAGAUGAUAUUCUCAUAGCCACAUACCCCAAAGCAGGAACCACAUGGGUGUCCUAUAUCCUGGAGAUGCUGUGCUUUGGCCACUCUGAGCGUCAGAACUUGGUCCCCGUGUAUGAGAGAGUGCCUUUCCUGGAGAUGCACAUGCCCUCUUUCCCUUCAGGAGUGGCUGAACUGAACAAGAUGUCCACCUCCCCUCGUCUCAUCAAAACUCACCUUCCUGUCCAGUUUAUCCCCAAGUCCUUCUGGGAGCAGAAUUGCAAGAUAGUGUAUGUGGCCCGUAACGCCAAGGACAAUGCAGUCUCCUAUUUCCACUUUGACCGUAUGAACAUGGCCCAGCCAGAGCCUGGAGACUGGAACAGCUUCCUGCAGAGAUUCAUGGAGGGAAAAAUGGUGUUUGGUUCCUGGUAUGACCAUGUGACUGGCUGGUGGGAGAAGAAACAGAGUCACUCCAAGCUGCUCUACCUGUUCUUUGAGGAUAUGGUGGAGGACACUGGUCGAGAGCUGGACCGUCUGUGCUCCUUCUUGGGGGUUUCUCCUUCAGCAGAGGAGAAGGAGAACGUGAGAGAAAGAGCACAGUUUGACAACAUGAAGAAGAACAACAUGACUAACUACUCCACUGACACUGUCAUGGACUUCAAGAUCUCUCCUUUCAUGAGAAAAGGAAAGGUUGGAGACUGGAAGAACCAUUUCACUGUGAAUCAGAAUGAACAGUUUGAUGAACACCUUCAGAAGAGGAUGACAGAAACAGAUCUUAAAUUUCGCACCACUAUAUAAGGCUGGCUCUUGCCUUUAUAAUAAUAGUGCUGAAAAUAUAUUUAAGGAUAUUACAGGGGAUCAUGCCUACAUGUUAAUAUUGAUGGUUGAAAAAUACAUUAAUGAAAUGAAUAAAGACUUUACUGUACAACA